CAGAUAGUGGCGACCUGGUUUGCCCUCCAUGACUUUGCUUUUCGCUCGAGGUCAGCCAUACCUGUCUCUUGCUGUUUGGCUGUAGGUAUUUCUUUUUCCCUCUUGAUAUAAGUAUAUUCCUUUUUCCAGCAGCGAAACUUUGCAAAUGCAGUGCAACUCUAAGAAAUACUCCGAAGCCUAUCUUGACAGGAAGAAAGCCUGACUCCACCUCCACCAACAUUUGCAGCGCGCUCACACAUGGCAUCCCAUGCAACCGGAGUGCUCCCCGAGGGGGUAGAAGCCCGAAAAGCAACAGAGACCAAGAGGGGAAGAAAGGAAUGGCACGCAUGCACUCAGAAAGAGGGACAUGGAGGGAGAAAGCAAAAGAAAAAGAAACGAGAAAUUCAAGUCACCUUGCACAGUCCGGACGCACGCAAGGCAGAACAGUGGUGCUUCUCCUUCCCAUGUUGAAACGUCAAGGGGAUACGUCCAGCAGACAGGCACUCGCAUACACGAAAGUCUAUAAGCUGGAUGUCGAUGUCGAUGGACCAUCGACAAUUAUAGACAAAAAAAAGUUGCCUGGAAUCAAAUCCUUCAGAGUGAAGGGACCAGCUCUCGCUCAUCUAUCUUCGGUUUGCAUGCGCUCAACCUGUCAUUGAAAAUUUUGUUUACGGCGUACACCGAUAUAUGUGUGUACGGAGCGCAUGCGUAUAAUUUGAUAUACAUAUAAAACAAUCGGCCAUCAAAAGUGUAAGGAGUGGUCGCUCACUCAUAAUUAUGCCAAGGACCAACAAUGAGAAAGAACACCAACAUCUAUCCCUGCUAGGGCCCAUCGUCGGUUGUACGGAGGACGGCGCGAGCCCCCUCUCCUGUCCAAUGACAAGGGAGAGAACGCACAAAAGAAAUGGAUGCUUGAUCGGGUCAUCUCUCCGUUAAUCAACCUGCGAGUGACUAUCAGAAGCGCAUACUUUGAAGCCAAACGGCAGCAAAGUCCGAUCAGAGGUUAAGAUUAACUCGGAGAAAAAACACGAUAAUGGAUGUGUCCUCCGUUCUCUGUUGCAGUGCGACUUGGAGAUUCGCUCCUUUUCCCAAGGAGCACAUUGUUCAAUAAUAACGAAUUCACUCCAUCAGGUCAGCAAGUCAAAGCUCGAAGAAAAGAUGCAUGAACCUCCUUGCUUCUUUUCUUUUUCAACGCCAGGGCGGGUUGUCUGGUAUCUUUACUUGAGCAGUCGUCCACAUCGGAUCUCGACCAAAAGUGUUAUAAGUGCAGGCUGGUAUAAGUGAAAGCUGGUUGGCUGCUAUGGACGCACGCAGGUGGACCGAACAUCAAUUAGAUAUUAUUCAAGCCCAUGGGCUUAUCCACCACUCCACCUGUACGUCCAAGCAUACUCUGUGUGCGACGCAAGAUAAACGCACGAUAACGUUCCAUAUUAUUUUUUAUCGAUAUUUUAUCUGUCUAGGUAAGUUACGCUUCUUUUUUUUUUUGUCGUAAACAGCUUCCACUCUUGGACGGUUCUAAGCCUUUGAAGGAAAUUGCUUAUUGUCCUGGCUGAUGUUAUGGCCGCAAUUCCAAAAUAUAUGUGGACGGAAGUGUGCAACAAGUCAAUCGACAAUCCCUUGGCCUAGUUAUUCCUUGCCAGCUCCUAUUAUCUCUCCUUUUGAGGAAUUUCCACCGUCAAGACAAGCGAUGGUGGUUCUGGGGACUGAGAGAUUUACCGACGUUGCUGGAAUAACUUUAUCUUCAAGCUCUGGGCCCCUCCGCAUACGGAGUAGUAUAAGUUAUAUGCAUAAUCUACUAGUUAUGGAUAUGGAUCCCUUGCGUAUAGCAUGUGUUUAUAUUUACAUGCAUCUCGCAGAACGGAACUUGUCCUCAACCCAGGAGACACUUCGCCGAAGCGAGCGUCCUGUGUCACGAAAUCGACCUGCUUGCAGCAUUUACAAUGAAUCUUCCUAGUCCUCUGAGCACCGCUUCGAAAAGAGACGCCCAAGGCAUGAGCAAAACACCUUCAAUAGUGGAAAGAAAGGAGCGUCCAUGUAGGCGACAAAUAAAAGUAGAAAAAAAAAAAAAAAAUGGCGCAUGCGGUCAACUUUUGCUUGAGAAUAUAUUCCACAAAGUCUCCAUGGGUGGAUCGGACAAGCUUACGACAGCCUAAUUUCCUGAGUUGCAGGGGGAUGGGUCCCUGUUCAACGAUGCCAAACUCCUAUUUUUGCUUCAUUAUUCACACCACCUGAAUGAACUGGAUGGUAAAUUAAGGGUUACGCUAAAGAGGAAGGGAAACAAAAUACCACGUUGGCUACGACCUCGAUGGGGGAGGGCCUCCUUACUUAGGAGCAACCCCUUAGAUAACUGUGCUUAAUAUUUUAUCGUUAAGGUUGGGGACAGUCGCCGGUUAGGUAAAUCCUCUCCUAGGUAUUUUAUUUUAUGUAUUUGAAGCAUUUCCUGCGCUGUUCAAACCCAGCCAAAACCCAACGCCUUUUCU